AAAGUCAAACUGAAAGUAAAGGAAAAGUUCUUGACCGAUCAUCCAAAUUUACCUCAAAAUAUUGAUGAGCUAAUCGUAAAUAUAUAAAAAUUAUGAAAAGUUUACUUGAUAGAAGCUAACAAAAAUGUCUGAGAAAGAAGGAGGAUUUUUCUAUAACAUCGAGAGUUUGUUGGAUAAGGAUUACCGUGGCGUAAACAUCGCCGUAUACAGCAUAGCUACUGCAGGACUCGCUCUAGCGAUACAUAAAAUCCGCCCCGUGAGCAAGUUUUCAAAAGCGAGUAAAAUACCAGAACACUUUAUAAAACAACAUGAACCACUGAAGGGUGUGUAUGCUGGAGUUCAGCAUUCACCAGUAAGGCUUUUGGUUAAUCACAAGGCUCCUAUUUACUUGCCUCUAUGGCAUUCAAGUAAACCUCCUCUACCAGUGAAGCUGUGGGGAGUUGAUAUUGUAAGUGGUAAUGCUGUGAAUUGGCUCGAGUGUGUUGCAAAAGGACAAAAAGUUACUUUAAAGCCAAUUGCCAGAGACAAAGAUGAUUUAGUUUCCACUGUACUGUUGCAUUUACAUCAACCAAAGACUAAAACUGUGGAAACUCUGGACCUUGGACAGAAACUGGUUGAACUUGGUUUUGCUAAAGCUUCUGUGCCACAACAAAUUGGAAAGAAAACAGUUGAAUCUAAAAUAGCCCCAGCGCUCUUAUCUGCUGAGAGUCAUGCAAAGAGUCUAAGAAAUGGAAUAUGGUCAGAUCAACUGCCACCAGUGCCUUUCUAUGUUGUGUAUUGGAGAAAAGGGUGUUACAUGACCAAAGAGUUGCUUAUGCUAUCCACAAAGAAAUUAUUACAAAUGAUAGUUUUCCUAACAAAAAAUGCAUUAAUGGGUGCAAAAUACAUCAUCCGCAGACCAUUCAAGUCCAACUCAAAACAAAUACAAGCAACUUAAGAAUUGCAUUUUAUUUAUAUGUUACUUAAUAGUUAGUACCAAAUGUGUUAUAAAUUGCAAUAUAAUUAUUUGGUUACUUGUCUUCCUACAUGACUUAAAAUUCCAUUCUGUAUAUAUUUGUUGAAAAAUAAAUUUACUAGUUAACUG